CUUGCUAGAAACAUGGAGUCUGGACUGGUGGGGUGUUAUGCUUCGGUUUUUGACUCGGAUGCAUUCGCUUUCCAAAAUUUCCAUGAGAUUGGUGGGCAUGCACAUAUCUUCAUGACUUUCUCCAAGGUCGUCCACUCGUGUGGUCACUGACGACAUACGUCAUGGACUCGUUUCUCAUCAGGAAGAAGCGGAAGCUCAUUCAAGAGGAAAAGCCAGCAGACGAUGAUGAGCCGACCGAGGUGAAGCUAGCUAUUCUCUCUUCACUUCACCCAAAUUUGGAGCAAGAUGUACUGUUAGACGUCCUCUUGGCACACAAUGGCUCCGUCGCCGAAUCGCUCGAGGCUCUCAAGGCGCCAAUCCCGAUCAAAAAGUCGAAUGGAGUCAAUGGUGCCCAAAGCUCUCUUCGGCACUUUGGUGUAAAGUCGGAAGAUGGCAGCAACGGUCCACAACCAAAGAAGAAACUCAUGUCCAAGAAGGGGGCCACGCUUCACUUAUACGAUCCGGUCGACAUUGCUGAACACACGCCAUGCACCGUCAUCCACAACUUCCUCCCGCAAGAGGAAGCCAACGACCUCUUGCGAGAACUCAUGACGGAAGCAAAGUCUUUUGAGAAGAACGUCACGUUCAAAUUGUUCGACAAUGUCGUCGCUAGCCCGCACACAUCGAGUUUCUACGUCGAAAGCUACGACGAGAUCCAAACGCAGAAGACGGACUACCUCUACAACGGCGCCAAGCUGAGCGACAUUCGCCGCAUCACGCCGCAGCUUAUCAAGGUCAAGCCCAAAGUCGCAGAAGCCGUGAAUCAAGAGAUCCAGACAAGAAUGAAGACCCGCUACCCCGGGGGCAAGAAGCUUCGGUACCAGUCGCCCAGGCCGUGGGCUCCCAACAUGGCUUUUGUCAACUGCUACGACGGGCCGCAGGAGAAUGUUGGGUGGCACAGCGACCAGCUGACCUACCUCGGCCCCCGCACCGUAAUCGGGUCGGUAUCACUGGGCGUCGCCCGGGAGUUCCGCGUGCGAAGGAUCAUCCCCAAGGACGGCGGCGGCGGCGAGAACGGGAACAGCACGACAACGACGGCUGAGGACGCCGACGCAGAGGGCCAGAUCUCGAUCCACCUCCCUCACAACUCCCUCCUCGUGAUGCACGCCGAGAUGCAGGAAGAGUGGAAGCACAGCAUCGCGGCGGCGCAGGCCAUCGACCCGCACCGCGUCGCCGGCAACAAGCGCAUCAACAUCACCUACCGCGAUUACAGGGCCGAUAUGCACCCGAGACACACGCCAAAAUGCGACUGCGGGAUUCCGUGCGUGCUGAGGGUCGUGCAGAGGAAGAAGGAGAACCACGGGAGGUACUUUUGGAUGUGUCACGGAGGCAACGUGCCCGGCAAGGACAGUUGCUCGUUUUUCCAGUGGGCCAAGUUUGACGACGAUGGGGCUCCUAUAUGGACUCAUACGACUCGGAAGCUCAACACUUGAUUUCUUUUUCAACGCCUAGAAUCUUUCUACUCGACUACGGAACAACCUCGUCCUCAACGGGUUCACGUAUCCAGGCUGAUGCUCAGUCUUGCCAUCGAUCUGGAGAACCUUCAGACUCUUCAGUUCCACUCCGUCGAGGACCCGCGCGUUGACGGGAUGUCUCGUCUUCGACCUCUCGUACCAGUACUGCGCUCGCUCCACCAGAUUACUCUGCUC